AUGGACUCAACAUCAACUCUUGGCCGAGAAAGCAGUAACAAAGAUGAUGAAGGAGAAACUCAAACACCGACUAGUGGGGGCAAGAGGAAAGAAACUCCGCCAACUAGUGGAGCAUCAUCUCAACCGAUCAAAGUGAAGCGUCUCCUCCCGACAAGAUCAGAUGUUUGGGAACAUUACACAAGAACUCCAGAAGAUCGAGAUAGGUGUAUAUGCAAUCACUGCCAGAACUCAUUCUCGUGUCUCACCUCCUCAGGAACAUCAAAUCUGAAGAAACAUCUUGAAACAUGGAAACAUUUCGUAGAGAAGACAACCUUGUUCACUCCUCUUUCAAGAAGAACCGCACGUAAAGACAUUGUGAAGAUGUAUGUGGCAAGGAAAGAAGCACUCAAGAAAUGGUUCAUAUCUAGCCAGCAACGAGUAUCUCUGACUACAGAUAUUUGGGUUUCCCAAACAACAGUUAGCUAUAAUCUUUUAAUCACUACGACAUGUGCGAGUUAUAUGGUUGUGACAGUGCACUUCAUUGAUUCUUCUUGGCGUUUGAAGAAGCUGAUCAUAGGAUUCAAACAUAUCAUGGAUCACAAAGGUCAGACUAUAUCAACUGUUCUUCUCGACUGUUUGUCUGAAUGGGGAAUAGAUAAGGUUUUCUGCGUAACAGUAGAUAACGCUACUGCCAAUAGUUCUGCUUUGAAGAAGUUUCAGACUACUUAUGCUAUGGGUUCAGAUGAGGCUUUUGUUUUAGAUGGAGAGUUUUUACACAUGCGUUGUAGUGCUCAUAUCAUUAACUUGAUAGUUAGAGAUGGAAUGGCUGAAAUAGAUCAGAAUGUAGUGGCUAUCCGUAAUGUGAUCUCCUACGUUAGAUCACACACUAACAGAUUGAGGUCUUUUGAGCUGAAAGUUGAUGCCGGUAAGAUUACAAGAGGAAGCUUGCCAUUGGAUGUGAAGACAAGGUGGAAUUCAACCUAUCUAAUGUUGACAACAGCUCAGAAGUUCAAGGUGGCUUUCGAUAGGAUGGAGACAGAAGACAAGCUCUACAAUGAUCACUUCUAUGAGCUUGAUAAUGGAGUCAAAAGGACAGGACCUCCUCAGCCAAGGGAUUGGAAUGCGGUUGAUAAGCUGUGUCGGUUUCUCAUGAUUUUCUACAACUCGACGUUGGUGGUUUCAGCUUCAACUUCACUCAACUCGCAUAAGUGCUAUGGUGAGAUAGUGACUAUCGCGACCAAUCUCAGAAGUCUCUCUACCAGCCAUGAUCCUGAUUUGAAGUCAAAGGCAACAGAGAUGCUGAAGAAGUUUGAAAAAUACUGGGAUGGUGUGAAGAACAUUAACAAGAUGUUAAUUGUGGCUACUGUGUUCGAUCCAAGCAAUAAGUUGGAGCUUGCAAAGAUGUGUUUUGAGGAGUUAUAUGGGCUGAAUAGCGUUGAGUAUAAUGACAUGUUGGAGUCGUUGAUCACUCUGUUGAGAAGUUUGUACAAGGAGUACAGUGCAAGACAUGGAGGCGGUUUACAUCCAAAUGAUCAGGCAUCUCAGUCAUCCGAGCAAGUUCAGACUCAGAGUAGGAAACCAGAGUAUUGA